GCCCGCGCCGCCCGCCGGCGUCACGUGCGCGCCGGGGCCCGGCCUCCGCCUGCGGCUGGCGGAGCCGGCGGCGGCAGCAGCGGCAGGAUGGCGGGCGGCCCGCAGGAGAACACGCUGCUGCACCUCUUCGCCGGGGGAUGCGGAGGAACAGUUGGUGCCAUCUUUACGUGUCCCUUAGAGGUAAUAAAGACUAGGCUCCAGUCUUCAAAGCUAGCCUUCCGGGCUGUCUACUACCCACAAGUCCAGCUGGGGACCAUCAGUGGUGAAGGAAUGGUCAGGCCAACAUCUGUAUCACCUGGGCUCUUCAGUGUUCUCAAGUCAAUUCUGGAAAAAGAAGGACCAAGGUCACUCUUCCGAGGGCUGGGUCCAAACUUGGUUGGAGUUGCACCAUCAAGAGCUGUCUAUUUUGCAUGCUACUCAAAAGCCAAAGAGCGAUUUAAUGGCAUUUUUGUGCCCAACAGCAACAUUGUGCACAUUUGUUCUGCAGGUUCUGCCGCCUUUAUCACAAAUUCCCUGAUGAAUCCUAUAUGGAUGGUGAAAACCAGAAUGCAACUAGAGCGGAAAGUCAGAGGUUCAAAACCAAUGAAUGCUUUGCAGUGUGCUAGAUAUGUUUACCAGACAGAAGGUAUCCGCGGCUUUUAUAGGGGCCUGACUGCUUCCUAUGCUGGGAUUUCUGAGACCAUUAUCUGCUUUGCUAUUUAUGAAAGUUUAAAAAAGCACUUAAAGGAAGUCCAACUGCCCCCUUCUCCUCCUAAUGGGACCGAAAGGAACUCCACAAACUUCUUUGGACUGAUGUUUGCUGCUGCUGUUUCCAAGGGCUGUGCCUCUUGUAUUGCUUAUCCACAUGAGGUCAUACGGACACGGCUGCGAGAAGAAGGCACUAAAUACAAGGCUUUCAUUCAGACAGCACGUCUGGUAGCACGUGAAGAAGGCUACCUCGCCUUCUAUAGAGGACUCUUUGCCCAACUCAUCCGGCAGAUACCAAACACAGCCAUUGUGUUGUCCACCUAUGAGUUAAUUGUGUAUCUGUUAGAAGACCAUGCAAAGUAGCAGAGCCAAGACUCCUGUUACAGACUGUAGACCAAUUUCUUCGUUGAACAAAUAGUCCUUUAAGAGACUGAUGCAGGUGGCAGUGCUGGUGGAAAAACUACAAGUCUUUGACCACCUGCUGGAUAUUUCCUUUUGGAUUCAUGCUUUCUGAAAGGUCUUGAGUCAUUAACGUUAAUAGUUAAUUAUAACCUUUUUUUAACUUAAUGAUAAUUAAACUGCUACUAAAUUAAAUUACACUAUUUAAUUUAUGUUUGUCCUUUUCCUUAAGAACAGCUAUAUGUGGUCAAGGAAUGUACCUCAUACUAUCAAGUGAUCUCUUGGACUGAUGUUCAUUAAAACUAUUAAAACAGGAGAAGUACUUGUUUGGAAAUUUGAAAUUGUCU